UGCUGAUAUUCUGGAGAAGUCCUCUCGAGGAGUUUUUCACACACCGACAGGCGCGUGGACAGAGACGCCGUGUCCCCCAGGAUGCGCGAGGCUUGUAGUUCCCUCAUGCGGCAUGGAGAACGCGCAAUUAGAUAGCGGACACUCUGACUAUAGGUACAUGUCCUCAGAGAGCAAUGAGGACCCGUUCCGAGUGUGUGUGCACGUGCUGUGUGAGGCAGGAGAGGCAGAGUUUCUGCAGGCAGCCGCCGACCAGCUACUAUGUGUGGUGCAGAGUCAGCCGGAGCUCCGCCUACUGCGUGUGUCAGAGAGAGGACCUUACAAGCCCCGCCCACUCCACUCCCAAAGCCAGCCUGCUCUGGCCCUCAUCCUCUUCCUGCGAGAAGAUCGCGUCCCCAGCCUGCAGCGUCUCCAUAGCAACCUGCGCCGGCCGCCGUGGCGAUACCACCACACCGAGAGUGUGGGGGGUCACGGGGUCGUCUCCGCGGUAACCGCCGCCUCCCAGGACUUCUACACGCUGGCCCCCGGCACCCCCCUCUGGGCCCUCCGACAGGUGCAUUAUGGGAAGGAGGUGGUGCGCUUCACGGUGUACUGUCGUUACCAUAGCUACGGCCACAUGGUGCGGCUGUAUGCGCUGUUGCUAGGGCAACGGCGGGUGGUGCAGCGGAAGGAGGACUUCUGCUUCUCCGUCGUCUACUCCUCCACCCACACCGAGGUGCAGCUGUCACUCAAGAGGUUGCCACGGGGACAGCUGCCCGUCGCCACGGAGAGCGCCCUGCUGGAGUUCCGUGUUCCGGAUGUGGGCGGGCUCAUCCCCCUCUUGCCCCGCCCCUGCACACCAAUCAGCUCCCUACGCUGGCAAACACACGACUACGACAACAACAAGAUCCUACUGCAGGUGCAGCCGGUGAAGGUUCGGCGUCGUCACACGCUUGCUCAGAUCAGGUCUCAUCAUCAGCCUGUUGGCCCCUCCCCUAACCCCUCCUCUCCUCCUAUUGGCUGCUCCCCUCCCGCGUCAUCAGACACGCCCCCUCGGCCUCCGUACGGCAGAGGCCCGGCGUCUUACCGUAACCGUAGAUACCACCGUAACUCCUCCUCCCGCUCCCGCACGCAGACCCUCCCCCCAGCCAGGCCACGCCCCCAAUCCCAGAAUCCCUUGCGUGAGCCGGCGGUGUUCGGAGAGCAGUGGGCGGGGCGUCGUGCGCACUCCUUCUCAGGGGGCGUGGCCUGUCCCCCCUUCCGCCUCAACGUGGCCGCGCUGGUGGGCGCCGUGGAAACGGACGUGGACACGGGGCGACGCCUGAGUGGCACCGGCCUCGACCUAUCGGUAGUGUCUGCCUACUCCCAGCUCCGCCCACAAACCACCAGCAGCCAAUCAGAAGGCCCUUCACAGUCAGCCCUGCAGGGCAACGUCUCCUUGACAACCACGGCCUGUCAUCAGCCCCAGAAGCCUCUUGACGACGACGGCCUUGUGACCUGGAGCAGUGACUUGGACACACACACUCUAAACACACCCGCACACACACACUCACACACACACAGACAUGAUGCUUCUGAAGAGGAGGAGGAGCAAGAAUUUUAUAUUUAACGCACAUACACUCACACGCUCACACACACACACACACACACACACCGAUGCAGCCUGAUUUCUGAUUCUAUGCUGUGGUGAACAGGACAGUGCUGCCACCCUCUGGUGACAAACAGAAAUGCAAAUGUGUAUGUGUGUGUAAGAGAGAGAGAAUGUGUGUGUGUGUGUGUGUGUAAGAGAGAGAAUGUGUGUGUGUGUAGGAGAGAGAGAAUGUGUGUGUGUAAGAGAAAGAGAAUGUGUGUGUGUAAGAGAAAGAGGAUGUGUGUGUGUGUAUGUAAAGUAGUCAUGUGUGUAGCUUGUGUGUGUUGAUCCAUGUUCUCCUGGCUACUUGCUAGAUGGUGAAGUUGUAGUGCUGUUGCUAGGCAGCUGUUGCUAGGUAGUGAAGUUGUAGUGCUGUUGCUAGGUAGUGAAGUGGUAGUGCUGUUGCUAGGUAGUGAAGUGGUAGUGCUGUUGCUAGGUAGUGAAGUGGUAGUGCUGUUGGAAGAAUUCUCAAUAAAGAGCUAUUUAAGCACUUUUCAUCAGUCAGUGUGAGUCAGUUAUCCUCCUCACUCAUUCACCUCCUCACUCAUUCACCUCCUCAAC